AUGGGCGAACUUCCGAAGACACGAGUUUCUCCUUCGCGUCCCUUUCAUCACGCUGGCGUGGACUAUGCCGGUCCGUUCCAGAUCAAGGCAUGCCACGGCAGGACGAAGAAGACGUACAAGGGCUAUCUCGUGGUCUUCGUGUGCUUCUCUACCUCUGCAGUGCAUCUCGAACUGGCCACGGACUACAGCACUGCUGGGUUUCUCGCAGCGUACCGGCGGUUUGCGGGUCGGCGUGGGGUCAGUGCAACGAUUACGAGCGAUUAUGGGACUAAUCUAGUCGGUGUUGACGCGGAAUUGCGUCGCCUCUUCUCCGCGGCCACGAAGGAUUGGCGGGAACUCGCCAGUCAACUGGCUACUGACGGGACUCAGUGGCGUUUCCAUCCUCCUGGAGCACCUCACUUCGGCGGCAAAUGGGAAGCGGCGGUCAAAUCCGUCAAAUUCCAUUUGCGUCGCAUUUUCGGUUCAAACCUUCUUACUUACGAAGAAUUCUCAACUCUUUUGAUACAGGUGGAAGCCGUGUUGAAUUCCAAGCCUCUCUGCUCCCUCUCGGACGAUCCGGAAGAUCUGUAG